AUAAAUGGGAUGCGUAAAAUCAAAUGGAAAUAAAAAAGUAAAGAAUUAUACAAUAAAUAGUUAGAGGACAUGAAGUAAGGCUUUGUUAUUCGAAUUCUGCAUCCUGACAACAGAACUGAGAAGCAGUUUAAAUACUUUGAUGAGAAAUAGAAGAGUGAUCUUAUAAUGAAUGUGAUGAAUGGAAUAUGUUUUAGUGAGAAAGUUUCUGAUAAGUGCGAUGGUAAUUUUAUUUCAGUUUAUGAUCCUGCUGAUGAUCGGUUUCACUAUUACAUAUAAAAAUUAGAUGGUACUGCUUCGAAUACUCAAAGCGCUAGGAAUUGAAAUAGACAACCCUAAUGAACCGCUGAAAGGAAGAAUAUGGGUGCCAUAUAUAAAUGAAAAAAGGUCGGAUUGGGAUAUAUUGGUAGAAAAUAACACUAGAUUAUCAAUAACUGAUCAUUUAUUAUGGAAAUUGGAAGCUAUGAAAAAGUGA